CAUAACAUUAAAAUUUUACCAUGUGCUGAUGAUGGGUUUUAAAAUUUUGUCUAAUUUUCUUUUCUUUUCUAAUGCAGGUUUGAAUGGAAAUCUGGCAGACCUUGAAAGGAGGCAAGAAGUAUUUGGAAAGAAUAUUAUACCUCCUAAAAAGCCAAAAACGUUUCUUCAGUUAGUAUGGGAAGCAUUACAAGAUGUAACUUUAAUUAUACUAGAAAUAGCAGCCAUAAUAUCUUUAGGCCUUUCUUUUUACCGACCUCCUGGUGGAGAUGAUGAAAUGUGUGGAGAAGCCAGUGGUGCUGUGGAAGAAGAGGAAGGGGAGGCAGGCUGGAUUGAAGGAGGUGCUAUCCUUGUAUCUGUUGUAUGUGUGGUGUUAGUAACAGCUUUUAAUGACUGGAGUAAAGAGAAACAGUUCCGAGGGUUGCAGAGCCGAAUUGAACAAGAGCAAAAAUUUACAGUUGUUCGGGGAGCCCAAGUUAUUCAAAUUCCAGUUGCUGAUAUAGUUGUUGGAGACAUUGCACAAAUAAAAUAUGGUGAUCUGUUGCCAGCUGACGGAGUACUAAUUCAGGGAAACGAUCUUAAAAUUGAUGAAAGUUCAUUAACCGGAGAAUCUGAUCAGGUUAAGAAAAAUCUGGAUAAAGACCCUCUACUACUUUCUGGAACCCAUGUAAUGGAGGGCUCGGGAAAAAUGGUCGUGACUGCAAUUGGAGUGAAUUCCCAAACUGGAAUUAUUUUUACUUUACUUGGAGCUGGAGAAAAUGAAGAAGAGAAAGAAAAAAAGGAAAAGAAAAAACAAGAUGGCACAGUCGAAAAUCGAAACAAAGCAAAAGCUCAGGAUGGUGCAGCCAUGGAAAUGCAGCCCCUUAAGAGUGAAGAUGGUGGAGAUGGAGAAGACAAAAAGAAAACCAAUUUGCCAAAGAAAGAAAAGUCUGUUUUGCAAGGCAAACUUACUAAAUUGGCAGUGCAGAUCGGGAAAGCUGGCUUGGUGAUGUCUGCAAUUACAGUCAUAAUCCUUGUCCUUUACUUUGUCAUCAAUACUUUCUGGAUUCAGCAACGUCAAUGGUUGGCACAGUGUACGCCCAUUUAUGUCCAAUAUUUUGUCAAGUUUUUUAUUAUUGGAGUCACAGUUUUGGUAGUUGCAGUCCCAGAAGGUCUUCCACUUGCGGUUACCAUUUCACUGGCAUAUUCUGUUAAGAAAAUGAUGAAAGAUAACAACUUGGUUCGGCAUCUGGAUGCUUGUGAAACCAUGGGGAACGCCACUGCAAUCUGUUCAGAUAAAACUGGAACAUUAACAAUGAACAGAAUGACUGUUGUUCAAGCUUACCUGAAUGAUAAACAUUACAGAAAGAUUCCCGAUGCAGAGUCCCUACCUGAAAAUGUGCUGAGCCUCCUUAUCACUGGGAUUUCGGUGAACUGUGCUUACACUUCCAAAAUUUUGCCUCCUGAAAAAGAAGGUGGCCUACCACGCCACGUUGGUAACAAAACUGAAUGUGCCUUGCUGGGAUUUCUUUUGGAUCUAAAACGUGACUAUCAAGAUGUACGGAAUGAGAUCCCUGAGGAAACCCUUUUUAAAGUGUACACUUUUAAUUCUGUGAGGAAGUCUAUGAGCACAGUGUUAAAAAACAAUGAUGGUAGUUAUCGAAUGUUUAGUAAGGGUGCCUCAGAGAUCGUCCUUAAAAAGUGCUUCAAAAUUCUUUGUGCUAAUGGUGAAGCCAAAAUUUUCAGACCAAGGGAUAGGGAUGAUAUGGCUAAAAGAGUGAUUGAACCAAUGGCUUCUGAGGGCCUAAGAACUAUAUGUUUAGCUUAUAGAGACUUUCCUGCUGGGGAACAUGAGCCUGACUGGGAAAAUGAAAAUGACAUCCUUACUGGGCUCACCUGCAUUGCUGUUGUAGGCAUUGAGGACCCAGUAAGACCAGAGGUGCCAGAAGCAAUAAGAAAAUGUCAGCGAGCUGGUAUUACUGUCCGAAUGGUAACAGGGGACAACAUUAACACAGCUCGUGCUAUUGCCACAAAAUGUGGAAUUCUUCACCCUGGGGAGGACUUCCUUUGUGUAGAAGGCAAAGAAUUCAAUAGACGUAUACGAAAUGAAAAAGGAGAAAUUGAACAAGAGCGAAUAGAUAAAAUUUGGCCUAAGCUUCGUGUUCUUGCUAGAUCAUCUCCAACUGAUAAGCAUACAUUAGUAAAAGGUAUUAUUGACAGCACAAUCUGUGAACAGAGACAAGUGGUAGCAGUAACUGGUGAUGGGACCAAUGAUGGACCUGCCUUGAAGAAAGCAGAUGUUGGGUUUGCUAUGGGUAUUGCUGGAACAGAUGUUGCAAAAGAAGCUUCUGAUAUUAUUCUCACAGAUGACAACUUCAGCAGCAUUGUAAAAGCAGUAAUGUGGGGAAGAAACGUGUAUGAUAGUAUCUCGAAAUUUCUACAAUUCCAGCUUACUGUCAAUGUAGUUGCUGUUAUUGUAGCUUUUACUGGAGCAUGUAUCACACAAGAUUCUCCACUUAAGGCCGUUCAGAUGUUAUGGGUAAAUCUUAUUAUGGACACAUUUGCAUCACUUGCUUUGGCAACUGAGCCUCCAACAGAAUCUCUGUUAUUGAGAAAACCUUAUGGGAGAAAUAAACCCCUCAUAUCUCGCACAAUGAUGAAAAAUAUUUUAGGUCAUGCAGUCUCUACCAGUUAGUUGUGGUCUUCACACUACUAUUUGUGGGCGAGAAACUUUUUGACAUCGACAGUGGUAGAAAUGCUCCCCUCCAUGCGCCUCCAUCACAGCACUAUACCAUUGUGUUCAACACAUUUGUUAUGAUGCAGCUUUUUAACGAAAUUAAUGCCAGGAAGAUUCAUGGAGAAAGAAAUGUGUUUGAAGGGAUUUUUAACAAUAUCAUAUUCUGCAGCAUUGUAUUAGGUACUUUUGUAAUACAGAUCAUAAUUGUCCAGUUUGGUGGAAAACCUUUUAGUUGUACAGAAUUGACAGUAGAUCAGUGGCUUUGGUCUGUUUUCCUCGGUAUGGGAACAUUACUUUGGGGCCAGCUGGUAACCACAAUACCAACGAGUCGUUUGAAGUUCCUCAAAGAGGCAGGUCAUGGGACACAGAAGGAUGAAAUUCCAGAAGAAGAGCUUGCUGAAGAUGUAGAGGAGAUUGAUCAUGCAGAGAGGGAGUUGCGCCGUGGUCAGAUCUUAUGGUUUAGGGGCCUAAACAGAAUUCAGACUCAGAUGGAUGUAGUGAAUGCUUUCCAAAGUGGAAGUUCCAUUCAGGGGGCUUUAAGGCGGCAACCCUCCAUCGCCAGCCAGCAUCAUGAUGUAACAAAUAUUUCUACCCCUACACAUGUAGUGUUUUCCUCCUCUACCGCUUCUACUACUGUGGGGUGUGAGUGUGUG